AAUGCACGUGCGUAUGCACAUGAUGCAGUAUUAGAGCAUAAACACAUCAUAACGAAACUAAAGCCGAAUCCCGAAAAAGAGGACAUGUCAGGGGGAAAGAUGACAUAUGGUCCCCUUAUGUACGUGAGUUUCUCUCCUGGACUCCUGCAUUUCCGACGGACUGGACAUGUAUUGUCAUCAGGAUGAAUGGGAAAUGCGUUUUUCCAGAGUCACUGCUGCGUUUGAGCUUUGUUUUGAGUUGUUCCAGUCGUCUUUCCAUAUAUUAUAAUCCUGUACGAACAUGGAAACUGAAACCAUUUCCUCCAUUUGUCAGUGGAACAUUUUAGAAGAACAAUGAACACCAAGGGCAGUGUCAUAGUCUUAUUCCUCUGUUUCCUGACUCUAUUUACCUUAACAGACUGUAGCACAUGUCAGAAAAAUAUAUUAGAAGGGGGCAGUCUCACCUUUAAACUGACUGACAGGCCGCUUAAUGAUAAUGAUCGAUUCACUAUAAAAAAAGACAAUAAAGUGGUAGUCCUCAAAAAGAAUAACAAACAAGAGGGACCAGGGAUCGUCAAAAAGGAUUCCCUGGAGCUCCUACAUGUGAAACUGAGUGAUUCUGGGACAUACGGUGUUGACGUAUUUGAUGUGACUGGCAUCAACGUAAAAUCAUACUCAGAAAUCGUCUGUGUUUAUGCAAAAGUCCCAAAGCCAAGAGUGAAUAUUACAUGUCAGGAUGAGAAAGUUGACUUCAGAUGUGAUGUUGAAGUUGACAAAGAUCAAAGAUCAGCUAUAUCUUACAGCUGGCACAAAAAUGGGAAAGAAUUCAAGAAGAAUGUAUUUAACUUCUCAAUAAAUGCAGAGGAGGAUAAAUCAGAGUAUACAUGUACUGCCCAGAAUCCAGUUCAUAAAAGCACAAGUGAUCCAGUAGAAGCAGCAUGCUUCAAGCAUACACUCUUUGGCUUUGACUUUUGGUUCAUGGUGGGCCUCUUAGCUGGUGGAGGAGGUCUUGUUCUGUUAUUGAUAAUUGUGCUGGUGACCCUUGCCUGUCGUUCCUGUAGACGCAAAGAUAAACAACAACGAGAUGAAGAAGAGUUAAGACUGAACUAUGUCAACGCCUCUCAGUCUUCUGGUCAACAAAAAUCAAAGCAUACAGCAAGAGGUCAGCCAGCACCUCCAGAACCCUAUGAUGAUGUUUCUGCCCAGGAGGUCCCGUGUCAGGCCGAACCUAAACCCAGGAGCCAGCAACGCGGUCGACCUCCUCCACCUCCAAUAGAUGACGAGGAGGAACACCCUCCACCAUUACCCCAACCUAGGAAAAAGGCACAAGUCAAAAAGCGUGAAGCACCGUUGUGAUAGAGGAACGAGUACACCAGUCAGGUGAAAUGAUCGAAUUAUUUUUAUAUCUGUAUGUAUGAAUAUAUAUGAAGGAAAUAAGAGUUAUAAUUAAUAUACAAACAAUAAUCCUAACAUUUCUGCACUUUUCUUGCACAUGUUUGCUUCACAUAUAUGCAUACAUACAUGUACUUUAUAUAAUAUUCAAUAAACAUUCAAUAUAAUAUUCAAUAAACAUUAUACAGUAAAGACAGUUGAGUCAGCUGUCAUAGUUAUACAGAUGAUUCACAAAUUUAUAUAUGUAUAUAUUUAUAUUAGAGACAGACACAAGCAGUGCCUUACAACCUGUUUAUCUGGUAACAUUAACUGAAUGAAAAUAAUUUUGUAAAACUAAAUGAAGAAGAAAAAACAAAACAAAAAAACAACAGAAAUCCAGAAGUAGGAUAGGGAAUAUUUUCUACUAGGAAAAGUUGUACAUUUGGGUGUAAAUUUGAUAAAAUUGACCCCAAAAAAUAUAACAAAAUCAAAUUUAAAAAAUGUUUUAUUUUAUUUUAGAAACCACAGACUUUACCGCUCUCAGACUGCAGCAUCCAGCAACUCAUGGUGUUGUUUUUUUUUCACGUCUUGAGUAAACCAUUGCUUUGUUUAUUGAGUGCCAAAAGCCACAAUAGAGUAUCAACACACAGAAUAAGAAAGAGAGCAAGAACGAAACUUGCAGCUCUUUUAGCAUCAUUGCAACGGAUAUCUAUUUCUUUUAAAAUUGAAUUUAACAUUGUUUUACUUUCUUAAAAAGCUCUCAGUAGAUUAACAUAUCCAUUCAUUUCUAGAUAACUCUGUGCCAAUUUGGAUUUUAAGGUCACAUGUUGGCUUGUUAUGUAUGCUAUGCAACAAAGAGGUGUAUAACUUAAAUGAUCAAUAUCCUGCAGAUGCAUAUUAUUAAUCAUUUAAAAGUCCAGCUAAUAUCAUUAGAGUUUUAAUAAGCAUUGCUUAUUAUUUUCCCCUGCUAUAUUUAUAACCAUUUGUUAAUUUCUUUCUAUUAUCUGUUUUUUACAGUUUGUUAUGCUGGUUUUUUUUUUUUUUUAAAUUUAUGGAUUAUUAGUAUUAUUUUAUUUGAUAAACCCUCACAUUUUACAGAGAUCAUAUAAUUUGCCUGGAUUUACACAUCUUACUUUUUACAACUCAACUGACUACUGAUUCAGUCAUUUAUUCCAUUAUGGACAGAAUGACUAAUAUGGAAUUGACAGAUCUUACAUAAAUAUUCUUACUUGGCCUUUACAUGGCUCCUACCUACACCACACGGUUUUAAGAGCACAUAUGAGAAAACCAAUGAAUGGCAACUAGUCAGCUCUUUUUUUUUUUUUUUUACUUAUCAUCUGCUCAUUUCCUGUGUGGAGGAGCUAUACAAAGCUGCAACAGGUCUUUUUUCUUCACAAGCAUACACCAUUUUGAAUGCAAAUACCAUUUUGAGGUUUUUUUUAGUAACAGUAGUGAUUUGUCAGUAAAGUCAUUUUAAUUCCAAUUUGUACACAUUGUAUUUGUGUAUUCGUAGAUUUUCUACUUAUAUUGAGUCUGUUUUGUUGUAAUUUGUGCAUAUGUCGUCUAUAAUAUAUAACCUUGUUUCCCUGAAUUCAUUGUGAAUUGGUUAAAUGUGAGACUAUGAUCUACUGCGUUUGCCGUCAUGGCCCUAAAACUGGAAAUUAGACAAGGUUGUUGGAUAAGACAUUGUGAAAACAAUAGGCUUUAUUAUAUAAAUAAAUUCAUGAAACAAGUGGGA